AUGAAUAAUUCGAUAAAAUUAAUUAUAUACAGAGACAGAACAAUUUUCGACAGCAUUAUUGUCACACCUUAUUGUGUAAUUAAAUAUGAACAAAAAAUAAGAGAAACUAAAGGUACACAUCAAACAAAUAUUAAUGUAAAUAGAGACAAUGAAAGUAAUGUGAUACAAACAAAUACGAUUUCUUUAAACAAAAAGGGAUUCAAUGCCUAUGUUGUAUCAGCGUAUGUUACAUUAUUAACAAAUUCACAAGUAUAUCGGGAAGCUGCACUUAAAAAGUUAUUACAAUAUGUAGCAUAUAAAUCUUCAAAUAAUUUAAUUUCUGAAAUGAUCUUGAUAAAAUUACAAAUGCCAAGAAAACAAUUCUUAGAUUAUAAAUGGAAUGAAAGAAUAACACAAAUGGUAAUGGAAAGGAGAGAAGUUGAUCAUAUUAUGUCUUGGUUAUCUACUUUAGGUGGAGCAUUUUCUGCUUUAGGAGAAGAAUUUCAACACUGUGCAGAAAUGGCUGGAAAAAUUUCUAUAAAACAAUUUGAAUUAGCGCUUCGUCUCAGAGAUCCUCUUUUAGUUGCUCGUUGCAAACUAUAUACUGCCUUAAGUUUAAUUCAACAAGGCCAGUUAAAAAUGCCAAUAAAGAUAGUAAGGUGUAUUUAUAAACUUUCUAUCAGUCAAAAUGACAUUCGUUUGCAAAACAUGUGUCAAGGAAUAUGGACAAAACUUAAAUAUUGUUACAAGGUACAAAAAAAAUCUAUUUAG